ACACAAAUAUGGAAAAUGGCCGCGCGCAUCUCCGCUACUUCAAAACAAGCUAUUCGCUAUUAAUACAAUUAAAMAAUUAGAAAUAAUUUUUAGAAACGCCACUGAACAGGGGAACAUUUGAAUAUGAGUUUUAGCAAGUAGUUUUUCCCUCCGUGCUGCUCAAUAGUCGAAAGAUGGCAAGACUUUCAAUAGUUUCUUUGAGGAAACUUUUUGUUUUCUUCCUCUGCCUAUCAGCUGUACUUUUCCUUCUGAUUACUCUGCAGGUGGUGGUGGAGCUUGGUCAGUUUGAAAGGACAGUACACAUCCUCCCUCCAAGGGACCUACAYGAGUCAGGUUGGAGACACCGUUUACAUGGCAGCGGACUGUUSGCCAGUGAGAGAACCUCCCCUGGAGGUCCAGAGGGCCAGUACCCUUACAUUGUAUGGUGGUCCCCACUAACAGGAGAGAUUGGCCGACUAGGAGAGUGUGGGACAAACAAGUGCUUCUUCACCAUCAACAGGACCCUCUACUCUCACCCAUCUACACAGGCCUUCCUUUUCUAUGGCACCGAUUUCAACAUCGAGAGUCUUCCUCUGCCGAGGAGAGCGCACCACCAGUGGGCCUUGUUUCACGAAGAGUCGCCCAAAAACAACUACAAGCUCUUCCACGAGCCCGUCAUCACCCUCUUUAACCACACGGCCACCUUCAGCCAGCACUCCCAGCUGCCCCUCACCUCCCAGUACCUGGAGAACCUGGAGGUCCUGACCUCUCAGACCUACCUGGUGCCCCUCAACCAGAAGAAUGAGCUGAGGAAAACACUAGCCCCGGUGGUGUACGUCCAGUCAGACUGCGACCCUCCGUCGGACCGGGAUGCCUAUGUGAGAGAGUUAAUGAAGCACAUCARGGUUGAUUCCUAUGGACAAUGCCUCCACAACAAGGACYUGCCUUCCCAUCUGAGGGRCUCGAUUGSCAUGGAGGAGCAGGCCUUCUACCAGAUCCUGGCCCAGUACAAAUUCAUUCUGGCCUUUGAGAACGCCAUCUGCGACGACUACAUCACCGAGAAACUAUGGAGGCCUCUCAAGCUUGGGGUGGUCCCUGUGUAUUACGGGGCUCCCAAUGUUCGGCAAUGGCUGCCRAGCAACAGUAGUGCRGUUGUAGUCGUCCCAGACGAGCMYCCUGAAMAACUGGCUCUGUAUCUAAAGAGRYUAGMUGAGGACGAUGGRGAGUAUGCCACUUAUCUGGAGUGGAAGUUGAAGCGUGAAGUCUCCAACCUGGAGUUGGUAAAGGAGCUGAAGGAACGCCCAUGGGGAGUCCAGSAUCUGACACAGGAGAACUACAUAGAUGUGUUUGAGUGCAUGGUGUGCAGCAGGGUGUGGGAGAACAUCGACAGACAGAAAAAGGUAACAUGA